GGCUUAGAUGGUCGUCGCGGAUUGGCUGCUCAUAUCUCGGCUGUAUGUUGUUGUCCUGUCUGACUCUCCAGUCAUAUGACUCAACGCCCUUCUUCCUUUUAAUUUUGUCAUUUCAAUGGGAUGUUGUUGCAGCACCGACCAGGAGAACAUAUCUCAGGAUGGUGAAGUGAAUGAGAGAACCCAGUUAUUAGGUGAUCCAGUCAGCAACAAUUACCCAAUCAACGCAAGCGCCAGUGACUAUGGCAAUCACUACUCAACUUCUGCCAAUCAGAAAUCAGAUGAACAGUCGGCCCUUAAUCGAAUCCUUCAGCAGACUGCGAGUAACAUAAUAGAUGUUGGUGCCCUUGAGUGCCACACCUUAGAACAGCAUGAAUACAUAGAGAGAGUGCGAACCUAUAACCAGAGGCUUCAGGUUCUCUUCUACAAAGUCCCUCAAAGACCCAAUGUUGAGCGACAACUCCUCUGUGAUGUUCCUGCCGCUGAAAGAAUAUUAUCUUCUCAACCAAUAUGUUCAUCUGAUUUAAAUAUGAUGAUCACAUCAACCCAGAAGAUUGUAGCAGCCUUGGCCCAAGUCAAGGUGGACCACAAGGAGGACUUGGUGGUCCCCUUCGGCAUCCCUUGACACUCUUACAGCCAGCCUUCUUAUGCUGAUCAUGCCGCUACUGCUGUCGCCCUCUUCCGACGUCUUGUUUACAUAUUCACUCCAUCUGGGCCUAUAGCUUCUCCAUACACUCCUAUUAUGACAUAAGUUUGUUUGUCAUUUUGUGAUUUCAGGUUUUCUCCUUUUUUUCUAUUGAGAUGGCGGGAGUGUCAAAUUGUAAUCGGUAUAUUAUUCUUUUGAUUUUGGGAUUUCUUAGAUGUAUAUUUUCAGCAGCAAUAUACAGAUUACAGUGCAUAUGUUACUGCUUGACAAAAAAAAAGGAAAGUUUGAGUGAAAACAACAUAAUGUAUGAGUGUGGUGAUAUAAAAGUGUCCGUUCCUGAAUGGCUCAGUCAUGUUAUCCUUGUGUGAUGUCUAUUCUUUUGUGCUAAAGUAUAUUCAUAGACUUUGUUAACUAUUUAUGAAGCUAAUUGCAGCACAGAAAGCAUAUUAUGUAGUUAUAAACUCAUUGUGUCUGAAUAGGAUUGAAAUUUCAGUCCUCAGUCUAGUGAGAAUGUUUAUAAUAAAAUGUAUCAAUUUUA